GAGUUCCAAUUAAUAUGGCCGCAUGUUAAAAUUUGUAAUUUAAGGAUAUUUUCCUUGUUUAUCAAUUAAAUUUAAGUAAAUAAAUAUAAUAAUUAAAUAUUAAUUUAGAUCGUAGUGUUUUGUUAAUUAAGUGUUUAUUUGUAAAUGAAUAUAAAUUCAGUGAAAUUCAAUUGGGACGUCUCCGCCCCGUUCCCAUAAUCGCGUUGUUAAUUGUAAAAUUGUAAAAAGAAAAUUCUCAGUGAACACUCGAAGAAAAUUUAAUAAAAAGUGGAAAAAGUGGUGAAUUAUGCUUUAAAUCAUUUUAAUCUCAGACGUACUAUGCAAUAACUUGCACACUUUUUCCACAACACGCGAAAUAAGAAGUUUUUUCUACCAAAGUUUACGAAGAAAAGUUUUGGAUUGCAGGAGAAAAUUUUGAUACAUAUUUUGUCGGUUUGGUCAGUGAGUGUUUUCUCUCUGUUUAUUACGACGUCAACGACAAAUAAAAUCAACCAAAAAAACUUUGCCAUAUAAUACCAUGCAGCACCAUUCUAUGCCUCCGCGCCCGCAACACAUGCGACACCCUCCAAUGCAUCAAGGCCCAAUGCACUCUGGACAUCCACCACCGCCUCCUCACAUGGGAAUGAAUAUGGGCAUUCCACCACAACAACAGCCACUUCACAUGCCAAAUGCUGCAGCCAGACGCGGGCCACCUCCUCAACCCUAUGGCAUGUCACACAUGAGGGAUCAAAAUAGAUUGGGCCACCACCAACAUUCACAACAACAUCAACUUCCAAGAUUAAACAACCAGAUGCCGCAAAAUCAAAUGCAACACCACAAAGGAAGACCACCCCCUCAUGUUGGCGGUGGCGGAGUUGGACCUGUAGGUCCAUUAAAAUACCAAAACACACAAAACAGCGGUCCUCCAUCGUUGAUAAGAAAUAAUUCUCUUCAAACUCAACCAACACCACAAGCAAGACUUCCAUCACAACAACCACCCAUUCCUAUUGUCGGAAACCAGGUUCAGAUAAUGAAAGCUCCACCACCGCCACAAUUAGAGCAACAACAACAACAGCAGCAGCAGCAAAAUCCAAUGCAGCAUGUGCAACACCAAAAACUAAAUUCUUGUCCACCACCAUCACACUUAAACAACAAUCAACAAAUUGCCCAUUUAUCCCGACCUCCACCAGUUCCUCAUGCUCAACAAUUCCGACAACAACAACAUGUACAAAAAACUAUUCCAGUUGUAAAUCAUGGCCUCCCAGAUCCACAACUGCAGACACAACAGCGGCAACCCCAGAAGUUUUCACACCCAAGAGCGAUUCUACAGAAUCCAAACAGAAGCAAUCAUCAUCACAAAAAUCAUGUUCCCCUUAAAACUCCGCUCCCUACAGUCUCUGAAGUGGAAAUCCCUCCGGUGGGUACAACACAACAACCAGCCUUGACAAAAUCAGAGAAACUAUCUGCUGCAGCUGAAGAUUUUACUCCCCAAAAUCUUGACAAAAAAUCAACCGAAGAGGACAAGGAUGUCGAAAAUAAUGCCCUAAUGUGUGAUUUUAUGUCAGUGGUCAUGAAAGGCGAUGGUUGUUUUUCAACUUCUAAAGAGAAGACUCCUAUGUGUUUAGUGAAUGAAUUGGCCCGAUUCAACAAAAUUCAACAUCAAUACCGCCUUACAAGUGAGAAUGGACCUGCACACUGUAAACGGUUCACAGUCACGCUAAAACUAGGCGACGAAGAGUACUCAGCCGAAGGAUAUAAAAUAAAGAAAGCCCAACACACAGCUGCUGCAGAGGCAAUAAAAAAGACUAAAUACAAACAUCCACUUCCAAAAGCGAUACGACGUCCCGAAGAAGGAAGUCUUCGAACUACAAUCACACCAACUGUAGAGCUUAACGCGCUUGCAAUGAAACUCGGUCAACAGACGUACUAUGUCUUUGACCCGCGCACACAGUCAGAUCUUCCAAAUCCAAACCCAAAUCGGAAUAAUUCCAAUAGUCCAUAUGGUCAACCGGCAACUGGACCACCGCACAACAAUCAGCGAUUAUCAAGAAAAAUUGACUUUGUGCCAGGAGUACCUCAGCAACAACAACAUCCGAUGCAACGUUUCCCGGGUGGAAAACCAAAAUAUCCUAUGCCUGUCCAAAUUCCCUCAGUUAAUGGAGUUGCCUCAAUUCCACCACACUUCGCAAUCACUCCACCUCCAGAACUCUGUAAGAUCACCCUUAUAGUAGGAAAACAGAAGUUUGUUGGAAGUGGCAGGACACUGCAAUCGGCCAAACAUGAUGCAGCAUCAAGAGCAUUGCAAGUGCUAAGGACACAGGCGGCAAACAAAUUCAAAGAAAUCCUCACUCGAACUGCAAAGGAAGGCGAAUGGAAGUCGCCGAUAUCUCUAGUCCACGAGAUUGCCAUCAAACACAAUCUCACAGUAUCAUUUAAGGUCCUUCGCGAGGAGGGACCAGCACACAUGAAGAGUUUCAUCACAACCUGUGAAGUUGGAGACAUAGUUACGGAAGGUGAUGGCAAUGGGAAAAAAAUCUCUAAGAAACGAGCUGCCGAAAAAAUGUUGGAGGAAUUGAAAAAACUUCCACCACCCUCGCCAUCUAAUUCACCGCCGGUGAAACGGAUUAAAGUAAAGAAUUUCAAGAGAAAAACAUCACCAACCCCGAAGAAGAAGAACUCGAUUAGAGAAAAGACCGAAAGCGAAUGUGCCGAGGACACUAAUCCGAUAUCCCGGUUAAUUCACAUACAACAGAGUCGAAAUGAAAAGGAACCCACUUACGAGUUGAUCUCGCGAAGUGGGGAAUCUAAGAAGCGAGAAUUUGUAAUGGAAGUUAACGUCCCGGGGAAGGUUGCACGUGGAACAGGUGCAACUAAGAAAUUGGCUAAACGAAAUGCUGCACAAAACAUCCUGAUUGCGAUGGGAGUUGAAGUUGCUGUAGAAAAUGAAAAUGAAGAAAACAACAGUCAAGUUGCCAAUCAGAAUCAAGACACCAAAGCUUCUCGAAAAGUUAAAUUCAAUGAAAACAAUAAUUCGAACGAAACCUUGAAUGCAAACGGUGCUGCUUCGAACGGAAAUGGUGGACCGUCGGGAAGACAAAUUGUACCUGGAGUAAUUUUGUUACGGCAACACAGUAAAGAUUCUGAAGAAGUGGAAAGUACUGCAGAAGCCGAAUCUACACCAACACCAAACGCACCAAAAGCGUCUACACCGCCUGUGCAGAAGAAAUGUUCGUUACCUUCUAGUGGAACUUCUGUACGGCCCAAAGGCCAACUUUUAUAUCUAGCUCAAAUUCUUGGUUUUCAGGCGAAUUUCUCAGACUACCCCAAAGGCAAUCACAAUGAGUUUCUUACCAUUGUCACAUUAUCGACAGCACCACCACAAAUCUGCCAUGGUGUCGGCUUGAAUAUUGAAGAAUCUCAAGAUCAAGCUGCUUCGGCUGCACUACAAAUUCUAAGCAAACUAGGAUUGGAUAACAUCAAACCAACUCCAGCAGAUGAUUAAAUUGGAGUAAGAAUCCUUGUGAAAUUGUCCUCAAUCUUCGUUAAUUAAAAUCCCUUUGGUUUAUAAGUCCCCCGAAAAAAACAUUUUGUCCUCUCCGUACUUUACAAUAUUUUACUACAUUUAUUCUUAUUUCUAGUUAUAUUAUUUAUUAAUUAUUAUUUAUUAUUUUGUUUAGAAAAAAAAGAAAAGAGAAGCCAAGUUAUUUUUUGUUUUGUUUUCAAUAUUUUGUCCCGUCCAAUUUAUUAAAAAAAGAGAAAGAAAUGAAACCAAAAACAAACUAAAAUGUACAUUGAGAAUCCAAAUACAUUGUAAGAAUAUUGCUGAUUGGGCGACAAUUUCCAUCAAAGUGAAAUUAUAACUAUCUCACAUCAUGUAAAAACACGAAAUUAAUUAUUCUUCCUAUCAUCAAACAAAACUGCAAUACUUACACCAUUUUUGUUGUAAAUUUAAUUAUUUAAAAAAAAGAGAAAAAAACUUUAUGCGAACAAAAACUAAAAGAAAACAAUUUUAUUAUUUAUUUAAAAAAAAAAGAUAAAACUUACUUAAUUACAAUAUUAAAAAAACAACAUAUGCUAGUGAAAACAAAUAAAUAAAAUAAGCAAAUAGAUUCACUAAAACAAAUUAUAUUUAUUAUUAUUAAAAUAUUUAUUUUUGUUAUUAUAUAAAUUCAAUUGAAAUAAAUAAACAUCAAGUUUUAGGCUAAGGUUAUAUUUUUUUUUAAAAAUAGUCUUUUCAAUGUGAGCAACUUGUGUGCUAUUCUAAAUCUUUUAUGAUUUUCUUAACUUUAUUAAAAAUAUAUAUUUGUUAAUAAAAAAUCUUAGAUUAUAGAAUUAUUCAAAUCACAUUAUGUUAUUAUUUUAUAUAAAUUGAGAAAGUAAGAAAAACAAAAACCUUACAAAUAUAGAUGAACACUUUAAAAUCAAUGAUAAAAUAGUUAAUUACAAAAUCUAUUUAUUCUAUAGGUUCCUCAUUUAAUGUUGCAUGCACGUUAAAUUAUUUUAAAUUAUAGCAAGUGAAAGUCAUUUCCUUUCAACAGUAUAAAAUUAAAUUAUUUCUUAAUUUAAUUGAUGAACUACAAAAAAAGUAUUUAAAUUAACUUGCUGAUCAAUUUUAAGUCAUGUUGUUUAUUUGUUAAACAAAAAAAAUAUGAUUUAAUGGAUAUCAGUACUCUUUAAAAAUUAUUAACAAACAUAAAACUUUAGAUUUCAAGAUCAUACACUUUGGUAUUUUUGUUUCUUAGUGUUGGUGUUGUUGUCCAACUUAACGUA